UCAAACCGCAUCGCAAUAUUACCACAUUAGCUAGGGCUCUCCCUCCUCGUCAUUUAAACAGCUACUCUUUUUACCUCUCCCCCUCCACGCACCACCAUGCAAUCCACCUUCGUUUGCCGACGCGCCACCCCUCUAAAACCCAAAACCCCAUUCCGCACCCGCCUCCCUCCCUCUUCUCUUCUCGUCAAAGCCCAGUCUGUUGCCGUAGAACCGUCACAGGCAACAAGCACAGCAGCACAAAAGCUAAACAAGUACAGUUCCCGCAUUACCGAACCCAAAUCUCAAGGUGGGUCUCAAGCGAUCCUUCAUGGGGUUGGUUUAUCGGAUGAUGACAUGUCUAAGCCUCAGAUAGGUAUCUCUUCAGUUUGGUAUGAAGGGAAUACUUGUAACAUGCACUUGCUGAAGCUAUCAGAGGCUGUUAAAAUAGGGGUCGAGGAGGCAGGAAUGGUUGGUUUCAGGUUCAAUACAAUUGGUGUCAGUGAUGCUAUUUCAAUGGGGACUAGAGGGAUGUGCUAUAGCUUGCAAAGUAGAGACUUGAUUGCUGAUAGUAUUGAGACUGUUAUGAGUGCUCAAUGGUACGAUGGCAACAUCUCCAUUCCCGGCUGUGAUAAAAAUAUGCCCGGUACAAUCAUGGCAAUGGGGAGGCUGAAUCGACCUAGCAUCAUGGUUUAUGGUGGAACUAUCAAGCCUGGUCAUUUCAACGGUCAUACUUAUGAUAUAAUAUCUGCAUUUCAGGUUUAUGGAGAGUAUGUUAGUGGAUCUAUUAGUGAUGAUGAAAGAAAAAAUGUAGUUCAUAAUUCAUGCCCUGGAGCAGGGGCAUGUGGUGGAAUGUAUACAGCUAACACAAUGGCUUCUGCUAUUGAAGCCUUGGGAAUGUCUCUUCCCUACAGCUCUUCAAUACCUGCUGAAAACCAAUUGAAGUUGGAUGAGUGCCGUUUAGCUGGAAAAUAUCUGCUAGAACUAUUAAAGAUGGACUUGAAACCACGAGACAUUAUCACUCGCAAGUCACUACGUAAUGCAAUGGUUAUUGUCAUGGCACUAGGUGGCUCUACUAAUGCCGUGUUACACUUAAUUGCAAUUGCAAGGUCUGUUGGGUUGGAGUUAACCCUCGAUGAUUUUCAGAAGGUCAGUGAUGAGGUUCCAUUCCUUGCAGAUCUGAAACCUAGUGGCAAAUAUGUUAUGGAGGAUGUGCAUAAGAUUGGGGGAACACCUGCUGUCCUUCGCUACCUUUUGGAGCAUGGUUUUCUGGACGGUGACUGUUUGACUGUCACUGGGAAGACAUUGGCUGAAAAUGUUCAAAAUUGUCCACCAUUGUCGGAGGGGCAGGAGAUAAUAAGAUCAUUGGAAAACCCAAUUAAGCAAACAGGUCACCUCCAAAUAUUACGUGGAAAUCUUGCACCAGAGGGUUCUGUAGCUAAAAUUACUGGAAAAGAAGGGUUAUAUUUCUCUGGUCCUGCACUUGUAUUUGAGGGAGAGGAAUCUAUGAUUGCAGCUAUCUCUGAGGAUCCCAUGAGUUUUAAGGGAAAAGUAGUAGUUAUUAGAGGAGAGGGACCAAAAGGAGGACCGGGCAUGCCUGAAAUGCUAACACCAACAAGUGCUAUAAUGGGAGCAGGGCUUGGAAAGGACUGUGCAUUGUUGACUGAUGGUAGAUUUUCUGGAGGUUCACAUGGAUUUGUUGCUGGUCACAUAUGCCCUGAAGCACAGGAAGGUGGUCCAAUUGGUCUCAUUAGAAAUGGAGAUGUCAUUAAUGUUGAUAUCAGGGAGAGGAGAAUAGAUGUUCAGUUAACGGAUUCUGAAUUGGAAGAACGACGGAAAAAUUGGACUCCACCUCCAUACAAGGCCACUCGAGGAGUUUUAUACAAGUACAUCAAGAACGUGCAAUCUGCUUCAGAGGGAUGUGUAACAGAUGAAUAGUGGGGAAGACAUAAUUCUGAAGACUAUAGAGUGUGACAGAAGUCCAAGUAUCUGCAUGCCACACUGCUAUAUUGGGUGGCCUGUUGCGGCUCAUUAGUAUACCUAUUCGGCCCGCUCACCCGCAAUGCCCUUUCUUGAUGCAAGGACAUUGUAUUAAUGAAAAUUCUUGCAGGGUAGUGAAAUUUUCCUUCGUUUAUGUCUUCCUUUCCCUUCUCUCUUUUCUAGUCUUCUUGUAAUCUUUCCCUGGUACAUUUCUGCAACUGAUGCAUUUAGAAUUGUAUGGAUUUGGGGUUGAAUAACAGCAGACUUUCUGUUAAUAAAACAUGAGCUCUUAUUAUGUC